AUGGGAACAAAUAGCCAGGAGCAGGAAAUUUCAGAAGGAUCUGAGGUAACAUACCAGGAGAUGGUAGAAAAUGAAGUCAGGGACGGUAGGAAAGGUGCAACCCAGAAAUUUACGGUAGAUAGUUGCAAAUCAACCAGCAUGGUCAUAAAGAAAGGUCAUGCAAUGAUUCCUGCUCACAUCAUAGCUGAAGCAAUAUCAACUAUCCGCGAAAUUGAUCUUAGAUGGUCCGGUCCAAUCACGCCGAAAGAAAUGGAAUAUGUUGAACAGUAUGUUCUAGCAAAGUAUCCAGAAUAUUCAAGGUUGAUUGAAGGAGAUGGAAAUGGGAUAGACAUGUCUACCUUUAUCAUCAAUGAGGAGCCUUUAGAUGAAAAGGGAAAGUCGCCAAGAGGAACUCCUAGUCCCAGAGAUUCUUCUGUAUAUUCAUUUGGCAGUAGUUUACCUGAAUCUGAUAGGGCCAAGAUCCAAUUGGAAUCAUCAAGGUUACUUGAUAUUCUCAACAAGAAAUCCUCUUUCCCCGGAAGCUUCAUCUCGAUCCCAGAAAUCCAAGCUCAAAAUAAGGUUUUGAAACAUUAUGGUUUGACAGAUGAUGAGUAUCUUGUUCUCUUCACUCCGGGCUACAAGGAUGCUAUGAUGUUGGUAGGAGAAAGUUACCCUUUUGUUAAAGGAAACUACUACAUGACCAUUCUUGAUCAAGAAGAAGAUUAUAUAAAGGAAUUUGCCUUUUUUAAAGAGUCAAAGGUGAUCCCAGCACCAAAGACUUGGUUGGACUUAAGGAUUAAAGGAUCUCAACUGAGCCAAAACUUUAGGAGGAGGUGUAAAAUCAGCCCCAAAGGGCUAUUCACUUAUCCAGCAGAUGCUAGUGGAACAAUGCAUUGGAUCUCAGAGGCUCAUAGGAACCAUUGGCAUGUGCUACUUGAUGCAUCUGCCUAUGUAGUUGGAAAGGAUCGAUUCCAUCUCGCGCUUCACCGCCCUGAUUUUGUGAUCUGUAGUCUUGACAACAACACUCAUUCCAACAACACUCAUUCUAAUCCUUCAAGAAUAACCUGUCUUUUAAUCAGAAAGGAAUCCUUUGACACCUCAGCCGCUUCGUCUCAGGUAGUUGAAUGA